AGGAGCAGUGUGAGGCGGCGAGCGUACGGCGGUCUGCUCUGUACACACUUUUACGGAGUUUUCUUACUUUUUAUGCUGCUCUUUCGGACGACUCCACAGCCGACAUGCUUAACUAUGAGUACCGGAUCAUUCUGCCCAUUUCAGUGGAAGAGUACCAAGUUGCACAGCUGUACGCCGUAGCAGAGGCCAGUAAAGGAGAGACCGGAGGAGGGGAGGGGGUGGAGGUCCUGAAAAAUGAGCCCUACAAAGAUGGAGAUGAGGAGGGACAAUACACCCACAAAAUCUACCACCUACAGAGUAAAGUCCCUGGUUGGAUCAGAGCUCUGGCGCCUAAAGGCUCUUUAGAGAUCCAUGAAAAGGCCUGGAACGCAUAUCCUUAUUGUAGAACAGUCCUAACGAAUCCGUACAUGGGGGAGCGCUUUUCAAUUGAGAUCAUCACGUGGCACAAACCUGAUAUGGGCACCAUAGAGAAUGUCCACGGUUUAAGCGAAGCAGAAUGGAAAAAAUGUCAAGUUGUUAAUAUUGACAUCGCUGCUGAUUUAGAUGAACCUAAGGACUACAAAGAGGAAGAAGAUCCAACAAAGUUUAAAUCGGUAAAAACAGGAAGAGGACCACUGUUGGCUGGCUGGCAAAAAGCUCUGGAGGCUGACCCAAACACACCCCACAUGUGUGCAUACAAACUGGUCAAAGCAGAGUUCAAAAUGUUUGUCCUUCAAUCCAAAGUACAGAACACUAUUCAGAACAUGGAGAAGAGGCUGUUCACAAACUUCCACAGAAAACUCUUCUGCUCCAUGGACCGCUGGCACGGCAUGACCAUGAACGACAUCCGAGAGAUGGAGGAAAAGACCAAGACCGAGCUCGAUGAGCUGAGGAUAAAGGGAGCUGUUCAGGGCACAAAAGCUGAAAAAUAACUCCAACUUCACUCACAGUUCUCUCAACUCUCCCCUCAACCACCAUUGGACCGGUAGACCGGUAGACAACACCAAAGUGCUACUGGCUAACAGACCUUGCCUUUUAUAGUGUAAUUGUGUAUUUUUGCACUGCAAAUGCAACCUCAGUAACUAAUCAAACUAUUUACCAUCAACAUCAGUGUAGUAGUCAGGGAGUAUCACUGUUAGAGGCACUGUACCAGAUUUUUGCUGUCUUAAAAAACGUGAAAAACUGAACUUACCUUAUGCAUUCCAAUCAUCCUAAUUCACCGUGAUGAGUUUAUUAGCACUUUUCACAACUUUCAGAGACCAGAGCGGAGUUUUGCAGUCACAGUAAAAGUUAAAAGCUAGCAUGAUAAUAGUGUACAUUCUUGUGUAAUAAAACACUUUCUAAUUGGAUGAAGAUGCACACGGCAAACUUGUAUAAUAUAUUUGUCUUUUGCCUAAAAAUAUAUUAAAUAAAAUAAGGUACAGGGCCUUUUAACUGUUGAAAUUAUUCUUUUUAUUGUCUUUUUCUUGAAUUUAUUGAUGUAUAAGGUUUACAAUACAGAGCAGUCUCAAUCAGAAGCUGAAUGCAGUUGGAUGAAGAAUAAGUUCUCUGUAAAGUCAACCAGCAGUUAUAUUAGUUUCAACUUGAAAGCUUGAUGUUGAGUUGUGAUUGUUUAAAAAUGCAAAAUGUAUUUUAUGUUUGUAUUUAAUUCAAUUCUGGUGGUUUUAUUUUGAUCUACAAUAAUGUGUUGUAUACGUCUAUAUCCAUGAUAAUUCUGUUCAAAUACACCUCUAAAUGAAUUAUUUGAGUUUGAGCUAGUGAAUGGCAUCUCCCAAACUCAGUGUUCUUGUUCACAGAAAAUAUCCAAAGCAUUUUGGUGCCUUGGAAAUAAAACCUUA